UCACUGAUUAACAGCCAAGCUUCUUCUACUGCUAGUCUGAAGGCAGUAGUUACUGCUAGUAUCACUAUCGUGAGUUGCCGACUAUUUGUCAAUGGCGGCCUUCGCAAAGAUCGCCAUGGAGUGCGUGCACGAUCCCCUCAUCUGGCUACUUAUUGCGUCGGUGGCCUUGGUCAUCCUGCGAAGACGGCGGCUGAACCCGCCGCUCCCUCCGGGCCCCAAGCCGCUGCCGAUCAUCGGCAACAUGAUGAUGGCGGACCAGCUGACUCACCGUGGCCUGGCGGCGCUGGCGAAGCAGUACGGCGGGUUGCUGCACCUCCGCCUGGGCUCGCUCCGCGUCUUCGCGGUGUCGACCCCGGAGUACGCGCGCGAGGUGCUCCAGGCGCAGGACGGCGACUUCUGGCACCGCCCAGCCUCCAUCGCCGUCCGCUACCUCACCUACGGCUGCUCCGACAUGGCGUUCGCGCGCGACGGGCCCUACUGGCGCCAGAUGCGCAAGCUGUGCGUCACGAGGCUCUUCAGCCGCCGGCGCGCCGAGACGUGGCUCGCCGUGCGCGACGGGUACGGGGAGCUCGCCCGGGCCGUCGGCAGGUCCGGCGGCGAGGCCGUGAACCUCGGCGAGCUCAUCUUCAAGCACACCGUGAGCGUCAUCUUCCGGGCCGCCUUCGGCGUCCGCGACGUCCAAGGACUGGACGAGUUCAUCCCCAUGUUCAAGGAGUUCUCCAAGCUCUUAGAAGCGUUCCACGUCGGUGACUUCUUCCCUUGGCUUAGCUGGAUGGGCCGACGGGGCUUCGACCGCCGCCUCCGCACCGUGCGCGCCGCUCUCGGGACGUUUGUGGACAAGAUCAUUGACGAGCACGUGAGGAGGGGCAAGAACCCCGACGACGCCGACGCCGACAUGGUAGACGGCCUACUCGCGUUACUCGCUGAUGCGAACCAAGCCAGCGGGGAGGACGACCUCCGCUUCACCCGCGACAACGUCAGGGCCAUGAUGAUGGACAUGUUGUUUGGCGGACCAGACACAGUGGGGUUCACCAUCGAGUGGGCGAUGGCAGAGAUGAUCCAUUGCCCUCACAUCCUCCUGCGGCUGCAGCAGGAGCUCGCCGACGUUGUGGGGCUCGACCGGAUUGUUACCGAAUCGGACCUCGGCAAGCUCCCCUUCCUCAAGUGCGUCGUCAAGGAGACGCUCCGACUGCACCCGCCGAUCCCGAUCCACCUCCACGGGACGACCAAAGAUUGCGUCCUCGGUGGCUACUCGGUGCCCAGGGGCUCCCGUGUCUUCAUCAACGCGUGGGCGAUCAACCGCGACGGCGAGGCGUGGAAGGACCCUGACACGUUCCGGCCGUCGAGGUUCAUGCCAGACGGGGAAGCCGCCGGGCUGGAUCUCAAGGGCGGUUGCUAUGAGUUGUUGUCGUUCGGGUCGGGUCGACGCUCGUGCCCGGCACAGGGGCUUGGUCAGCACGCCGUGGAGUUCGCCGUCGCGCAGCUUGUGCAUGGGUUCGACUGGAAGCUACCCGGCGACAUGAAACCGACGGAGCUCGACAUGAGCGACAUGAACGGUGUCACCGUGUCCCGCGCCACACGGCUCUACGCGGUUCCCACGCCCCGGCUCACUUGUCCUUUGUGAUAUUAAUUGAAACAUCGCUCUUGUUGUGACGUAUUGUAUGUGGAACUGCUUGUUAUAAAAUCGCGUGUCAGGCUUUAGAUACAAACACGUGGCACACAAGUAGUACACACCAUGGAGUAUCGAGAGUGCAGCCGCCUUCCUCCAUUUGCUCAUCGUUUCAUUUAAGUGCUUCAACAUCCACUAGUAAAAGCAAUGCUACAUCUACGUAAGGGU